AUGAAUAUUCGGUCGGUUAACCGAACGGACAUUCGUUUGAUCGAUUUGGGCUGUGCUGAAGAUGACGAAUUACCUCAGUCAUACACCAUCAGUAAUCGGUGUUAUCGUGCACCUGAAGUCGUGCUGAAAAAUAAUUGGAGCCAUCCAGUCGAUGUGUGGUCGAUCGGUUGCAUUCUUUACGAAUUACACACCGGAAACCUGCUAUUCAAUACAGACGAUGACGAUUUGGAACAUUUGGCGAUAAUGGAAAGAAUUCUGGGUGAAUUUCCUGUAGCCGGCGAGCAUAAGUACUUUCCGAAUGGUAAGUUAAACUUCGAUUGGACUCAGCGACCGUUAGAGGUACAUUGUCAUCAACCGUUGCGGACUUCAAUAAAGUCGGAAAUCGAUGACGACUUAAUUGACUUGAUGGAGAAAAUGUUGGCUUACGAACCGGCGAAGAGAAUUACAUUGAAGGAGGCAUUGACGCAUCCAUUCUUUGACAAAUUGCCAGCGUCUCAACGACUAACGGUUUAA